CUGUUGAUAAAAGACGGCGUUGGCACUUUUUAGACGAUUUUCUUUGUUCCGUUUACAGGUGUGUAGGGAAAGAACCUACCGAGUAACUAUGAGUAAACGGAAACAUGACGACAGUGAAAACCCCAAUUCAGAAUAUAGCAAUUUCUUAAUGGAGCUUGCUAACUAUGAAAAAAAUGUGAACAGACAGAUGCACAAAUACAAUGCCUAUCGCAAAGCUGCAGCUGCUAUAGCAAAACACCCUACACAAAUAAAGAAUGGAACAGAGGCUCAAAAAUUAGAAGGAGUUGGAGCAAAGAUUGCUAAAAAGUUAGAUGAAUUUAUAGGAACUGGAAAAUUAGAAAAAUUAGAGAAGAUAAGAGCAAACAGUACAAAUACUGCAAUAAAUGAAUUGAUCAAAGUUACAGGUAUUGGCCCAGCAGCAGCUCAGAAGUUUGUACAAGAAGGAAUACAUUCAAUAGCAGACUUAAGAAAAAAUAUAGAUAAACUAAAUCAUCAUCAGCAGAUUGGUUUGAAACAUUUUGAAGAUUUUGAAACCAGAAUUCCAAGAAAAGAAAUGUUAGAACUUCAGGAUCUUGCAUUACGAGAAAUUCACAAACUAGACACAGAAUAUAAUGCUGAAAUAUGUGGAAGUUUUAGAAGAGGUGCUGAGACCAGUGGUGAUAUAGACAUACUGCUGACACAUCCAUCAUUUACAUCAACUUCUAAGAAAAAGACGAAAUGUCUUCAUGAUGUAGUUAAACUGUUUGAAAAUAUAGGCUUCAUAACAGAUACAUUAUCACACGGGGAUGCAAAAUUUAUGGGUGUAUGCAUACUGAAGAAGAAGACUGGUGGCGAGGAGCCAAAAUACAGGAGAAUUGACAUUAGAUUGAUUCCCUUUGACCAGUAUUAUUGUGCAUUGUUGUAUUUCACUGGCAGUGAUGUUUUCAACAAGAACAUGAGAGCACAUGCUUUAGAGAAAGGUUUUACACUGAAUGAAUAUACACUUAGGCCACUAGGUAGUACAGGAACUCCAGGAGAACCUCUUCCAAUAACUUCAGAAGAAGAUAUAUUUGACUAUUUAGAAUAUGAAUACAAAAAAACAUGUGACAGGAAAUAAAAGUGAAGACACCUAGCAAUGUGACAGAAAAUAACAGUGUAGAUACUUACAACACAACAUAAAAUGAAAUGCAGCAUUUGUAAACUUCACAGUUAAAUAAGUUAACAAUUCUUAUGUUAAGUUGAAAUUAUAUUGACAGAAUGAACAUGUAUCAAUGCACUGGUCAGUUGCUGAUUUUAUUUGGGGCUCAGGGGGUGUAUGCCCUUUUUGAUUGGAAAAUUUUGAUAUUUUUGGGCAUAAAUCAUAGGCAUAUUUUCACCUCGCUACCUCAUUUGGCACUUUUUUUUUCAAAGUUCAUAUCAUAAUAAAAGUGUACUAUUAAAGAUUCAAGUUGAUGUGACUUUGACUUAAUGGUUUACUACCGUAACCAAAUUCUUUAACCUGAUACAGAACAAACAAAUGGAAUGAUAAACAGACAAAUCAAUGGACUCACUGACUGAAAAAAAACCAUUAUACCCCUCUUCUGUCUUAGUGGGGGGGGGCAAGAAAUAACUACUGAUUCAGAAUUUGUGUUGCAUAAAUGUUUUCUGAUUUCUGACGUUCUUAUAUGUAUAUAUAUAUACUGGGACCGUGCAGUAAAUGUCGAAUUCUUAUUGAAUACAUUAUGGCAAAUAUGUUCAUGUUUGUUUAUCAUAAUUUAUUUGAUCAUUGCCAAUUGUUAUUUUCUGCAUCUACUUAAAAAAAAACAUUACUUAGAAAAAGGGGGAUAGAUACCAAGAGGUCAAUCUAAAACCAUAAGUUAAAGAAAGACAAACAAAAGACCAAAAGGACCAACAAACAAUCAGAAGUCCACAUAAUGAUAAACUACCUAAACCAAACCUUAAUCCAGAGUUGAACUCAAGGUUUCUUGGAGUUAUAACACUUACAGUUUCAAUAGAGUCAAAAGUCCAUCUUCAUCAUAAGUGGCACAGUUGAAUAUAAAAACUCAAUAUUGCUGAAUUUAAAUUCUGACAAAGUUGACAACCUUAUUGUGUCAGUGGAUUAAAUUGUAUGCUUCUUACCAUUUUGUAAUUGCUUUCCUAAACAAAAAUCCAGUGUAAAAACCAUUGCUGUGUGACAGUCUGGAAAACUGGUGUAACAUGGUUAAUAUUAUAGGUAAGUGAUCAACACUGAUGGAUUGUUUGCUGAAUUCAUUUUUCAACAAGAUUGAGAUAUAAAGAAUUCCCUUUUAUGAAUUAAAGUUGAAAUAAUAUAGCAUGCAAAUUAAGAGUUAAAAUGCCUUGCUUGCAAACUUUGUUUGGAUGUUUGCUCAGAAAUUUUAAUUAAGAUUGACACCUAAAUUCAAUGGGUAGGCGGGAGUAACAGUCUGUUUACUAUAUACAAAGGUUUGAUUGGUCAAUGAAUAUCAAAAUUGUGUCCAGUUAGGCACUUACAGAUAUAAAGAAGCAUGUGCUAAAGGGGGUACAGGAAAGGUAAAGUAAACUAAUUUUGAAAUGGAUUAAAACCGUAAAGCAUGAGCAGUUUUAAUGUCAUAUUUUAAUUAAAACUAUUAUUUUGACAUUUUAACGGGUAGAAAGAUGAAGGGGAAACAGUGAACAAUUAAAAUUUAUUUUUUAUGAUUCUACAAAAAAGCAAAAAUAACUAAAAAAAAACACACACAACUUAAACAAAAUAAUCAAUGCUCAUGCAGUAAUAUCUCUUUUAUCUUUUCAUGUAAAUUGUAUUGAUAAUAUAAAAAAUUAAAAGUAUUUAUAUUAAACAUGAUGACAGAGACAAUUAAUCUCUGAUGAUGAUAAAUGAUCAAGUUUCAUCUUCCAAUAUUAACAAUAAAGCAAUUGUGUGCAGAAAACUUUUCAUUAUCAUAUCAAAUUAAAACAACCAAACCAUCAAAUCUUGCAUUACUGUAAAAAUUAUUAUUAUCAAUUAGUUGGUUCACAUUUAGCUAACUAUUCUUUUUUUCUGUAUACCCUUUAAGUGCCUGACUGGAAACAAUAUGAUAUCCAUUGUCUAAUCAAAUCUUUUUAUAUAGUAAACAGGCUGUUACUCCGCCUACCCAUUGAAUUUAGGUGUCCAUCUUAAUUACAAUGUCUGAGCAAACAACCAAAACAAAGUUUGCAAGCAAGGCAUUUAAACUCUUGAUGUGCAUGCUAUAUUAUUUCAACUCUAACAAUCAUAAAAAAUUUCCACUGCACAUUGUAUAUUUUAAUAAAAAAAGGCAGCAAAAUGAAAUGAAUAUCUGAGCCUGUUUUCAGUUGUAUAUGUUGUUUAUUGUUUGUAAAGUUGAAUGCAUGAUAUUAUACAUGUUUAUUAAAGUUUGUAAUGACUUUUUAUAUGAAAUAAAUGUUCAAAAAUA